AUGCUCUUCUCUCGGAUUGUCCUUCCAGCAGUAGCUUUAUUGUCUGGAACCACCCAAGCCAUUCCCACUGGAGAUCUCCUUGCAAGACAGAGCCGGCCGGACAACCAUACCCUCAAUCGCGAGAGAGCUGAUGCUGUCAAAGCUUCGUUCAAGUUUGCGUGGGAUGGGUACAAGAAAUAUGCAUUUCCUAACGAUGAGUUGCAUCCGGUCUCCAACGGAUUCAGUAACUCUAGAAAUGGGUGGGGUGCAAGUGCAGUAGACGCUUUCAGCACUGCUUUGGUUAUGCAGAUACCAGAGAUCGUAGAUACGAUCCUGGAAUUCAUUCCUACGAUCAACUUCGAUAAGACCACUGAUGAAGUUUCGCUCUUUGAGACGACCAUCCGUUACCUGGGAGGGAUGCUAUCUGGCUACGACUUCUUGAAAGGACCCUUGUCGAACCUAAACUCGAACGAUACUGCCACUGAUCUGGUUCUCAAGCAAGCAGAGCGCCUUGCCAACAACCUUGCAUUUGCAUUUGAUACACCAACUGGGAUCCCUAGCAAUAAUCUCAUUUUCAGUCCACAAGGAACAGAUGGAGCAACCACAAACGGAAUCGCCACGAUUGGAACUCUGGUGCUGGAAUGGGUCCACCUCUCUGAUCUAAGCGGCAACAAAACAUACGGCGAGCUAGCAGAGAAAGGAGAAUCGUACCUCCUCGCUCCCAAACCUGCAUCCUCAGAACCAUGGCCGGGACUCAUCGGUACCUUUAUAGACAUCAAUACUGGUCUAUUCCAGGACGCAAGAGGAGGCUGGGUAGGCGGAGCUGACAGCUUCUAUGAGUAUCUACUGAAGAUGUACGUCUACGACUCAACAAGGUAUGGACAUUACAAAGAUCGCUGGGUGCUUGCAGCGGACUCUUCAAUAGCGCAUCUUGCUAGUAAGCCAUCCACGAGACCCGAUUUGACAUUUCUCGCCGCAUACAAUGGCCAGAAGAAAAGACUCGUAUCCCAACAUCUCGCAUGCUUCGAUGGUGGCUCUUUCAUUCUCGGGGGCCUCGUCCUUAAAGAGCAGAAAUACAUCGAUUUCGGCCUCGCCCUCGUUAAUGGCUGCCACGACACCUACACCAGCACCUUGACCGGCAUCGGGCCCGAAGUCUUCCGCUGGGUCGAGACAUCAACCUCCUCAAACGACACCGACAACCCUCUACCACCAACCAACCAAACGGCUUUCUACGAGAAAGCAGGCUUCUUCAUCACCAACGGACAAUACAAUCUCCGGCCGGAAGUCAUCGAGAGCUUCUACUACGCUUACCGCGCCACGGACGACCAGAAGUAUCGUGAUUGGACGUGGAAUGCGUUUGUGGCUAUCAGAGAUAACUGUAUGGUUGGGAGUGGGUUUGCGGAGCUGAACGAUGUGAAUAAACCCAAGGGAGGCGGCUAUAGUGAUUUCCAGGAAAGCUUUUUGUUUGCGGAGGUGAUGAAGUAUGCGUAUCUGAUUCAUGCUCCGGAGAAUGUUUGGCAGGUGGAACAUAAUGGAAAGAACGAAUGGGUGUUUAAUACUGAGGCUCAUCCUUUCAAGGUCUGGGGACCGCCGAUUUAG